AUGGCGAUUCCCCAACACUACCAAAACUACAAAGUGGUCUACGAGCGCAUGAACCAAGCGCUCCUGCGCGAUGGUCUCUUGGCGCGCUCCUUCGGCGCCGAACAAGCUUCGCUCCAUUUCGAGAAUCUUCUCAACACACCGCUCCACAAUCUUUCGGUUUGUUACGAUGGAUCCAGCGGUUGUUUUUUCUUACGGAACGACGCUCUGGGCCAUACCCAUGUCCCUGUGCUUCUCGACUACUAUGCAGCCUUUGCACCGCUGGUCAUCGGCCAAUACUACUGGCAGCCACGAGCAGAAACGGACAGACUACGCUAUGUACAGCAGGCGCGCCUGGAGCUUUCCAUUUUCCUUCGUCAUGCUGUCGGUCAAGGGUUGGGCGUACUCGCGACGGACGCAAUCGCUGGCGAUUGCACGCAUAUUCGGGGAUGGAAUGACCCCGCACCUCUUGGAGAGAAAGCCUGUAUCCACCUUCGCAUAGAGUGGCCGGGUGGGGCACCCUACAACCGCCGCGUCCCCACCAGAGAUCAGACGAGGGAGAGAAGACCUAUAACGCUGCAGAGGUUCUUGCUACAGGUUGGCCGUGCGGUUGAAGAGUUUUUGCAGUCAAGGUCGACGUCUUGA